CAAAGAGGGCAGAAACCGCGGAGCGCACGAUGGAGUAGAGCUGAAUGUCUAAGCUAUCACCAGUUCAAGAUUAAUACCACUAACAUCGACGGGCAAUUACAAAGCUGAUUUUUUUUUUCUUGAGGAAAUGAUCAAACACGAUCUGCUGCGCUAAAGGAUUGAUGCGUAAAAGGGGUCACCAUUCACUCGUGGCCUGUUUCCAAUUUUACCUUUCAGCAUUUCAACAUGGCACGCACUUGUAUAUUAAUUUUACUCUGUAUAGUAUCUUUUUUCAACGGCAGUGUAUGCCAGACCUGUAGAGGCACGCGCUGCUUUCCUGCCCAAGACUGGAGAAGAGCGUGCGUCGGAGCGCACUGCCAGGGACGCACUGAAGCAGUGGCGUCCAGACGACAAUUUAGCCAUUCUGCACAACCUAGACAGGGUCAAGUCUACCAGAACUAUCAACAGGACUCUCGUUUUAGUCAUCACCAAGUCCAGAGUGCGCCCGUAGCGCCCUACAGCGUAGUCCAACCUCAGAACGCAGGCUUUACGCAACAAGUGGAUACAGAUGGCACCAGGAGGACAAACUCGAGAACCAUUACAGCGGAGGUUUUUCAUCCAGGCUGCGCCGGAGGGACCUGUCCGACCACAAUGUCUCUUCACCAGACCGGUGAUGACAGUGCCGCCCGGGAGUGUAAAGGGAUUGGAUGUAAACUUCCCUCCAGGAUGCGCCAGAAGCCGAAGUCGUGCGUCGGGGAGGGCUGCAGUACGCAAGGAGACUACGGGAGAGAAAACUCUUCUCCGGUUCGUGUGACUGAUAGAGCGGCGCAAUUCCUGGAUGAGCUUCCAGACUUUGGGUCUGAACGCGGAGCAUGGAUACAGAUGACAUGUGAUAUGAAACCAGGUCAGUAUCGGCCUGUGAGUUAUAGCCACAAUAUGUUUUUUUUUUAAUUCUAAGACUGCGGCCUUUCGCUAACCAAAUAAUAAACCCUUUAACUUUCAAACAAAUAUUUUCUUUCUUUCUUGCAGGGAGCAAUGAAGUUCCCUCAGAGGACGCGCUCGUGCUGCAGCUGCAGUUGUCAAAGAGCCAGGAUAAGUUAGUUGAGGCCCUCAGGGGCCAGCAGGACGAGGUCAGAGAGCUGCAAAGACUUCUCAGUGAGCAGCAGGGGGCGCUGGUUAACCAGCAGAGAGAGAUACUGGAGCAGCAGAGAAGGAUGUAUGAACAGAUGGAGCAAGUACGAAUGCAGUGAUUGAUGAUGGGGAUUGGUAAUGAGGGAGAUGUUAAUGGUUUUAAUGAACCAGUUAAUAGUCGAUGGUUUUGUUAUUGGCCGGUGUUUAGAGAAACAUUAAGCUCUUAUUCAGAGGAGAUGGAUGGAAAACACAUGACCUAGAGAAGUUUAAUAAUGUCAGAUGAUGCUGUGCUUAGCCCCAUAUGGAGCAUCUGUUCCAUAUGGAAAUCACAGAAAAGUUCUGUAGCUCCAUGUGACUGAUGGGGGACAAUUUACACAAAACUAGAAGAUAGGGGAGCAUUUAUUUGUAGUUUAUUUUGUGCAUUUAUGUGAUUAUCCCACAUCUGAGUACAUUUAAUUCUUUCAACCUUCAGGUCAAAGCCCAGUACAGCAUCCUGAUGGACGGCAUUAAGCAAACCUCCUUUCAGAACCUGCAGGGGGACCUGGGCAGCCACAUGGAGACACUGAGUGGGCAGGUCAGAGCCCACAGAGCACAGCAGGCUCUGUCUCUGCACAAAGUGGAUAUGGAUGCCAGUGUGAUGGAGGUGAGCUGCAACCAAGGAUUAUCAAAGUGCAUAAAGUCAAAAUAUUGUGUAUUGUACUGUUAUUGCUUUCCUUUUAUUUGUUUAUAACAGCAAACACUGUUUUGUUUUGUUUUGAACUUGUAUUUGUCAAAAGGUUCAUACAAAGUCUCAAAUUUUCAGGAUCUGGACAUUUCUUUUCUUGAUGUACAGAUCCAUGAUGUUUAUUUAAUCUCUGAUCAUCAUAUUUAGGUGUUUUGUUAUGUUGUGUUGUUAUCAGGUGGGUCGAUCCAUGCUGGCCUGUGGGACUUGUAAUCCUGAUGAGUACUGUGACUUCAGCAGCGGUCAGCCUCGCUGUGAGAGAUGUACCAUCUGUCCCUCUGGCUUCUUCCUGGUUGCCCAGUGUACAAUCCAUGCAGACAGGAUCUGCCAGGUCCUAACUACUUUCUUUCUACAAUUUGAUUUAGUAAAAAAUGGUCACGAUUUAUUCUAUUUUGGUGGAUAGUUUCUUGAUAGUACCCUAACCCCAAACUACAAAGUUUUUACUGAAACAACUUCCAGAUGAUAAUGAAUAAGGUGAGCUACUGAAGGCCUUGAGAUAAUCAAAACAGUAAAACUACAAAGCAGAGCAAUAAACUUUUUCUCCUAACAUUUCAAAUCUGGCGGGUUACUGUGGUCCCACACAAAACAAACAAGAAUAAUCAAAUAAACACAGAUUUUUAGUUUUCAGUCUGUUAGCUGCAUUUUAGUUUAGUUUUCAGUCUGAGAUGCAUGACUCUAUGGUCAAGUCUUGUAAUCUUUGAAAAUAAAAAGUCUGAUUUACUUCCGAACUUUAAUAGUUAAUCCCGAUUCACUGAAAUUUUGAGCUCAUAUUUAAAUCAAUUUAUUUUGCCUUUUGAAACUUUUUCCAAUUCUAUAUUGCCAGUGACUUACUAUGCCAAUAAAAUAACAGCAUAAAAUACAUUAACAAUCUAAUUCAAAUAAAUGCUGCACUGUGGUCUGACUUAUAGGGGGGGACAGCUUCAACAUGCUCAUUUUGUGGAAUAUAGAGUACAUUAAGCACUUCUGCAAUGUUGCUUUAAUUCAAAGUACUCCAUGUGAAAUUUUAGAUUCACUUUACACCAAGUUCAUAUAACUUUUGACUUCAGGAGGAAACAUGCCCAACAAAAGUUCAGUGGUGUUAUUACUCCCAAUCACAGUAGCUGCAUGAAGCAGGAACACCCUGCAGCAGCUUCAUUACAGUGUGCCAAAAGGGACAAAUAAAAUGCAGUUAAAACAUUGACUUUUCAAUUAAGGAAUUUAAUCAUCUUUUGAGUAUUGUUUUAACAGCCCCAGAGAAUCUGUAGUACUUUCAAAAUGAUUGAUUUUACAAAACAGUCACGCUAGACACUCGAGGUGCUUGGUCAAGUCAAAGAAAUAGAUGCCAGUUGAGUUUAGAUAUGUUCUAACAAACAUGGAGGCUAUUGCUCAGGCAAUUAAUGUAUUGCACCUGAAAUUACUAGUUUGCAUACCAUACAAAACUAGCUGCUAUUCACAGCUCUUAGAAAAGUACAAUGUCUUAUGCACAUUUCACUCUGGAACAGAGCUGUCCUCUGACUGUAUGUCUAUCUUUAUUACCCCUGUACACCUUCCAUGAUUUACUUUUGUGCUCUUCAAACUAUGUCACUUGACUUUAACGUUAUAUCAAAACAAGGUUUAAUGCAUAUGUCCAAAAAUGAGACCACACGGGUGCCCACAGUGACAUAUUUUCAGGAGGUGAACUUCAGUUUAAGCUGCUGUAUAUGACAGUGCUGGCAGGAAACCUACACACUUAGCUGAAAGACAACACAGCUCAGUAGUCUUGACAAGGAACCAUGGCUCAAAAGGGUCCAUUAUUCUUUGUUACAGGACAGAGAUGAAUGCCUCGAAAUAUCUGAUCUGUGUGGAGAUCAACAGAGGUGUCAAAAUACUCCAGGUAACCAGACAAAUCUUAUUGAAAAUAUUUCCAACAUUUCAUCUUUUUCCAGCGAUUGAACUGCUGAUCAGUGAUUUAAAAAAAAAAGCACCUAACACUCACUUCUCUGUUCUCAGGUGGAUUCAGAUGUCAUGGCAUGACUGAGCGAGAUGCCAUCUUAGGAAUGUGUGGUCACGGAUAUUUCUUCAACUCAGACAUGGAUGAGUGUCAGGCCUGUAACGAGUGUGAUGGAGAGCCAGUGGCCUCACCCUGUACCUUCACUACAGACACGCUCUGCUCUGGCCUUGCUGCUGCUGCUGGUGACAGCGCCCUUUCUCUGUCCUGGGCUGGAGAUGUGAGUCUGCUUGGAGCCAAAGGUAACAUCCUGGCACAUGCUUAUCCUGGUAUACAGCUUCAGAUCCAGGGACGGGGUGAUCCAGGUCUGGUGUCAGCUGAAAAUGGACGGUUGGUGCUUCGACACCACGGUCUGGUCUGGCUGGAUGAGAAUCUCUCUGUGAGCCACAGCUGUCGUAGCUUCAUCCAAGUGUGUUUCCGUAUGAACAACACAGAUGGCUCUGAAGGUCGUGAUCUUAGUGGUGUAAGGAUUGAGCAGCAAGAAGGAAGGACGCUCCAAAGCGCUAGCAUCAGCGGGGUUGCAGAAGUUGCCCCUGGUAACAUGAUCUCCCUCUUCCUCCGGAGCUCCAGCAGCCACUGUAACCAAAGUGGCGAAGGUCUGCAUUUGUACGACGCAUCAGCAGCAUCAUUCAGUCUCCUCUGGCUUUCUCACGACACAGGGGCUGUAGCCAUGACCGCACAAGCCACGGUAGCUGCGCACUACCAUACAAACUAUCGGCCAACUUUCCGUACCACCUCCACCUCUGAUCCUUACGUUCUGGGGCUGACUCAUGACAGCCGUGGGAUCCGUUUUGCAGAAAGUGGUACUGUUCGUUUUGUCUUCCAGCAGGCGUUGUACUCAAUGGGCCAGGCGUGCGUUAGUGAGGGAUUCCAGAUGCUGGCUUACAUAAACCGCAAUGGGACGGGCGUGGAAUUGUGUCGUUCCUUCAAAUCAGGCGUCCACUAUCGAGACACUUCCAUAUCUCUAUCUGGAGCGGCCAAAGUUGAACCUGGGGAUGCAGUUGGCUUUGAGAUUCUCUCACCUGCUCAGUGUAAUGUGCGCUUCUUUGGUGAUGAAACCGGUAUCAGUGUCAUCAGCUUGGUUUGGGUCCCUGCUGCGAUAUCUUCCUCUCUGUCUGCAUCCGUGGCUCAGAUUGGACUUCCUUCGGGGGCAGUCAGAAACAAGCCACUGUUCUUCCGCCAGACCAGUGCUCAGGUGCCCCAGAUGGGGCUGCUAGCAAGAGGAUCCACAGAUCAGAGACGUGAUUUCAUCUUCAGGGAAAGCGGCACGGCUAGCCUGGCUCUGGAUCUCAAACUCAUCCACUCCUGCAACCUGAUCAAGGUGACUCUUCUGAGGCGCAGUGAUCCAGAGGGGUCAGGAGGAGGCCGAGAGACAGAGGUGGCACGACCUGUGCCCCUGGCCCAGCAGGUGGGUGGUCAAAUGCCUGAAGGCAGUCACUGGGCCAGUGUGAGCCUGCGGGCGUCCUUCCAGGUUCAGAAUGGCACAUCUUUGUUCUUCACAUUAGACUGUGUGCGCGGGCGGAUCAACCAGAUCAGCCACCAAACAGGAAGCGCAGUGUCAAUCCUCUGGGUGGCAGAAUAA